AUUAUCAUGUUAGUCUUAGCCUGGCAUCUAGAAGCAGCAAAUAUGGGGUUCUUCACAAAAGACGAGUGGCUCAGGGGAAUGACGUUAUUACAGUGUGACUGCACAGAGCGGUUACAGAGCAAACUGGAUUACCUGCGCAAUGAGCUGAAUGACACUGUAGCCUUCAAAAACAUCUACAGAUAUGCUUUUGACUUCGCCAGAGAUAAGGACCAGAGGAGUUUGGAUAUGGAUACAGCUAAAUCCAUGCUGGCCUUGCUGCUGGGGAGAACAUGGCCUCUCUUCCCAGUCUUCCACCAGUUCCUGGAGCAGUCCAAGUACAAGGGGAUGAAUAAGGACCAGUGGUAUAACGUUCUGGAGUUCAGCAGGACCAUCAACACAGACCUCAGUAACUAUGAUGAAGACGGAGCUUGGCCAGUGCUGCUAGACGAGUUUGUGGAAUGGCAGAAAACUUGGUCGUCAUCGUAGCAGACGACGUCGCAACACCAAAAAGGAGAAAGAGGGAGAGAAAACAAAACCCACAAACACAGGAAGAAUCUCUUUAUCGUUUCAGAAAAAAGGAAAACUGCAGAUCUAACCAACACCUUGAUAGACUCAAACCAUUGUCACACACAAACCCAAACCUAUAUGGACUACAGAAUCAUCCAUGUGGACUCUGGGUACACACACAUCCCAUCAGAGAUCGUCUCUGUGCAUCGUCAGCCAACUGUGGUCAAGAAGCCUUUCUCUCACUGAGUAGACUUUUUAUAGUGGUAAUUUGGAGAAAAGGAAAUGUGGGGGGAAGUUCUUAAAAUAAGAAUACAAACAAAAAAAAUGAACUGAGAGAGAAGAGCUGUGGAAUUUACGUUUUCUGGAUAAUUAUUUUUUUUCCCAAUUUUUGUCUUGUUUGUAGAUGUUUUCACAGUAAUAAAAAGGAAAUGAAAGUA